GGAACAGCUGCAGCCAGACCUGUCACCCUCACCAUGAGUAGCUGGCAGCCCCUGGGUCUGGCACUUCUGGUGCUGGGCUGCUGCUCCGCUGCCCCUCCACGGCACCAGCCCACUUUUGUGGUCUUCCCAAGAGACCUGAAAACCAAUCUCACCGACAGGCAGCUGGCAGAGGAAUACCUGUAUCGCUAUGGGUACACUCGAGUGGCCGAGAUGCGCGGGGAGAAUCUGUCCCUGCGUUCAGCGCUGCUGCUUCUCCAGAAGCAGCUGUCCCUGCCCGAGACCGGUGAGCUGGACAGCGCCACCCUGAAAGCCAUGCGUACCCCUCGCUGCGGGGUCCCAGACCUGGGCAAAUUCCAAACCUUCGAGGGCGACCUCAAGUGGCACCACCACGACAUCACCUACUGGAUUCAAAACUACUCGGAAGACUUACCGCGCGACGUGAUCGACGACGCCUUUGCUCGCGCUUUCGCGGUGUGGAGCGCAGUGACGCCGCUCAGAUUCACUCGUGUGUACGGCCAGGAGGCCGACAUUGUCAUCCAGUUUGGAGUCGCAGAACACGGAGACGGGUAUCCUUUCGACGGGAAGGACGGGCUCCUGGCACAUGCCUUUCCUCCUGGCCCUGGCAUUCAGGGAGACGCCCACUUCGAUGAUGAAGAGUUGUGGACGCUAGGCGAGGGCGUCGUGGUUCAGACCCACUUUGGAAACGCAAAUGGCGCCCCCUGCCAUUUCCCUUUCACCUUCGAGGGGCGCACCUACUCUGCCUGUACCACAGACGGCCGUUCCGACGGAAUGCUCUGGUGCAGCACCACGGCUGACUACGAUAAGGACCGCCAGUUUGGCUUCUGCCCCAGCGAGACACUCUACACCCAGGACGGCAAUGCGAACGGCGAGCCCUGCCAGUUUCCGUUCAUCUUCGAGGGCCGCUCCUACUCUGCUUGCACCACCGAUGGUCGCUCCGACGGCUACCGCUGGUGCGCCACCACCGCCAACUACGACCAGGACAAGCUCUACGGCUUCUGCCCGACCCGAGCCGACUCAACUGUGACCGGGGGCAACUCUCCUGGAGAGCAGUGCGUCUUCCCCUUCGUCUUCCUGGGCAAGGAGUACUCGAGUUGUACCAGCGAGGGCCGCAGAGAUGGGCUUCUCUGGUGCGCCACUACCUCGAACUUCGACAGUGACAAGAAGUGGGGCUUCUGCCCGGACCGAGGAUCCAGCCUGUUCCUUGUGGCGGCUCAUGAGUUCGGCCACGCGCUGGGCUUAGACCACUCGUCCGUGCCAGAGGCGCUUAUGUACCCCAUGUACCGCUUCACCGACGAACCCCCCCUGCACGAGGACGACGUGAGGGGCAUCCAGCAUCUCUACGGUCCUGGCCCUAAACCUGACCCACGGCCGCCAGCCACUACCACGGUUACACCGCAAAAAAAACCCCCCUCUGAGCGGCCCACGGCGGGCCCCACAGGCCCCCCCUCAGCUGGCCCCACAGGACCCCCCACUGCUGGCCCUUCUGAGGCCCCCACAGCACCUCUGAGUCCAGCAGACGAUGCCUGCAACGUGAACAUCUUCGACGCCAUCGCAGAGAUUGGGAACCAGCUGCUCGUCUUCAAGGAUGGGAGGUACUGGCGAUUCUCAGAGGGCAGGGGGCGUCGGCCGCAGGGCCCCUUCCGUAUCGCCGACACGUGGCCCGCGCUGCCCGCCAAGCUGGACUCUGCCUUUGAGGAGCCGCUCACCAAGAAGAUUUUCUUUUUCUCUGGGCGCCAAGUGUGGGUGUACACAGGCGCGUCAGUGCUGGGCCCGAGGCGUCUGGACAAGCUGGGCCUGGGCUCCGAGGUGGCCCACGUCACCGGCGCCCUCCCGCGUGGCGGGGGUAAGGUGCUGCUGUUCAGCCAGGAGCACUUUUGGAGAUUCGACGUGAAAACGCAGAAGGUGGAUCCUGGGAGCAGCACGCACGUGGACCAGAUGUUCCCUGGGGUGCCCUUGAACACGCACGACAUCUUCCAGUAUCGAGAGAAAGCCUACUUCUGCCAAGAUCGAUUCUACUGGCGUGUAAGUUCCCGGGAGGAGGUGAACCAGGUGGACCAAGUAGGCUACGUGUCUUCUGAUAUUCUGCAGUGCCCUGAGGAGUAGAACUCCCAACCGGCUCCGACAGUGCAGUGCGGGUCCCCAUGGGGACUGUCCAAUGCGAAGGAGCCAGUUUGCCGGAUACAAACUGGUGGUUCUGGAGGAUGGGGAGGCGUAGGGGUGGGCUGGGCCCUUCCUGCCCACCUUUCCUUUUUGUUGGAAUGUUUCUAAUAAAGUUGGAUUCUCUAACCUUGA